UAUGUAUAAUCUUUCCCUGACGUUUUCUUUUGCUUUCUCACUUUCUAAAUCCUACGCUCUAGUCUCUGUUCUCACGUUUAAAAUGUUGAGUGCAGUGUGUAGUAAGUUUCAGUGUAGGGAUAUUAAUGAAAAACUAAGGAAGUUCACAUGGAGGAUUGACAACUUCUCCACUAUUGAAGACAAAAUGUAUUACUCUGAGGAUUUUAUUGUUGAGGGAAACAAAUGGCGGAUUACUAUCUAUCCCAAGGGAAACGGUGCAGAUUAUUUGUCAAUUUACUUACGUGUUGCAGAUUCAUCAACUUUGCCUUCUGGGUGGAGUGCAUAUGCCCAAUUCGGAUUUGCCGUCAUCGAUCAAAUCGAUCGGAGAAAUUCCGUUUCACAAGCAGUCGCUACUCGUGAGUUCAGAGCAGAGGAGGGGAAUGGUGUCUUCGGCUUCACGUCAUUCUUACCUCUUAAUGAAUUACGUGACCCUAAAAGAGGCUAUCUUGUCAAUGAUGCAUGCUUGGUUGAAGCCUAUUUUUCCAUUGAUAGGACUAAAGCUUUGAUUUCACAUGAACUAAUGGUCGAAACUGAUUUGGAUAAACUUAAGACCGAGGAAGCUAUAUGUGCUAAGGCAGCCAUAGACAACCAGAAAACUAUGAUAACCGAGCCUGAAGAAUUAACAACUCCUCCACCAGCUCAGCCUUCUUGCCAGGUUGAGGCCAUUGAACCUGAAGAGCCUACUGAUGAAGAUAUGAACACAUUUUUCACUAGCUUAGAGUCUGAGCUAAGUUGUAGAACUGUUUUUACUCAAGAAAAAGCAAAGGAAGCACUGGCUACAGUAGAGGAAGCCCUGAAUAGGACCCCAGUUAAUUUUUACUGUUUUUGCAAGAGUUCUCCAAGUCAUAAGAAGGCAUUCAAGAUCCUAGCUAGCUUUUAUUGUUCCUCUACCACUCUUACAAUGAAGCAAAAAAAUGUGCUGUCAGCCAUGGAGCAAAGCUUGCAUGAACUAGCUGAUCGAGCAAUGAAAGCCAAGCGGGACAAGGAUCAUCUUACUGAGAAGGAAUCUGUCAAGCUGGAACUUACUCUUAAUUUGGACCUUAAUCUAAUCAGAUACAAGGAUAUCAAAUCGGAGGUGAAUCGGAUCGAGGAAAAUCUUGUUGCCCUUAAUGAGCAAGUUGAAGAAGCACACAAGGAAAGGGAGAAAAUGCUGGCUGAAGGGAAGGGGAUAUUCUCAAAUUCCAAGAGAAUAAAAAAAGGAGUUGGAAGCAUUGGGAGAGGAACUGGCAGAGUGUGAAGCCGAAGCCAAGGUUGCCGAGAAGGAAGAGAAGACUGUUGAUGCUGAAUGGAGAAGAAUCAAACAUUUCUUCUAUUCUAUAAAACCAAAGAUCUAAAAGCUGCCAAGGGAACUUUAUAGUAUUGUUAUUUUGUGCAAGACUUUACACCAUCUACAUAUACACUUGUUGGGAUGUAAACCAUUGAACAAGUUCGUUUCCUCUCCUUUCUCUU